UACCUGGAUGCAAUUCUACCAUGUGUUUUGCCGUCUUUACACGUCUAUUUUCUUCUCUUUCACAGAUUGUGUACUGCUCUUUAUCUGAGUUCCAGAAGGCUGUGUACCAGACAGUGCUAAUGACUCAAGACGUUAACUUGGUUCUGCGGGGAGGUGAAAAAUGUAGCUGUAGCAGCGGCCAGAGGCGAAGGAAAUGUUGCUAUAAAGAGAACGAGCAUGGUGAAAGUGUGAGGACAAUGUAUUUUAGUUAUUUGGCAAUCCUUCGAAAAGUUGCGAACCACGCAGCUCUCCUGCAAACAGAUACUAGCAAGAAGCAGGAAGCGCAUAUUAAAAGAAUUUGUGCUGAAGUGUUUUCCAAGUUUCCAGAAUUUAUGCAGCAGAGCAAAGAUGCUGCGUUUGAGACCAUCUCUGAUCCAAAGUACAGUGGGAAAAUGAAGGUCCUUCAGCAGCUUCUAAAUCACUCCAGACAAAACAAGGAUAAGGUUCUUCUUUUCUCCUUUUCGACAAAGUUACUCGAUGUUUUGGAGAGAUAUUGCAUGGCUUCAGGGCUUGAUUAUCGAAGACUUGAUGGAAGCACCAAGGCGGAAGAUAGACUAAAAAUAGUAAAAGAAUUCAACAGUACCCAAGAUGUGAACAUUUGUUUGGUUUCUACAAUGGCGGGAGGACUUGGGCUGAAUUUUGUUGGUGCCAAUGUAGUUGUGGUCUUCGAUCCAACAUGGAAUCCAGCCAAUGACCUUCAGGCUAUUGAUAGAGCCUACCGAAUUGGACAAUGCAGGGAUGUGAAAGUGUUCCGGCUUAUAUCAUUAGGCACAGUGGAGGAGAUGAUAUACUUAAGGCAGGUUUACAAACAGCAACUUCACUGCGUCGUGGUAGGAAGUGAGAAUGCCAAGCGUUAUUUUGAAGCUGUGCAAGGAUCAAAGGAACAUAAGGGAGAACUAUUUGGUGUCCAUAACCUGUUCAAAUUAAGAACCCAUGGGACCUGUUUAACGAGAGAUAUUUUAGAGCGAGAAGGUAAAGUUGAAGCUGGGAUCAUGAGUGCCGCCAUGUAUCUAAGUCAAGGAAAGAGCGAAACACCAACGGAUACUGACAGCGAGGAGAAUAUAACACAUGUGAAACAUGGCCAACAACUCCAGAAUGAAAUGUUUGACUUCAGCAGUGAUAGUGACGAAGAAGUAAAAGGAAGAUCAAAGUUGAAAUCCUUGAAAAGUCCUGAUAUUGCUGACAGUCGUAGACAGCUCAUAUUACAACAGUUUGGGUUUUCCAGAAUGCUCGAGAAAGUUCCCCGAGCCCGAAGCAUGAACCCUGACCUUUCAGGAAGUAGUAUCAACAAUGCACACAAUGACUGCAAUGUUAACAAGAAGAAUGCAUUGGUCCUUCAGGAAAACAGUAAAAGCCCCGUGUAUAGAAGACAGUCAAAAAGAGUGACUACCCCAGAAUGGAACAUUUCUUCGGAUUCUGAAGAUGACACAUACACAAUAAGAAAAAAUAAACAUCAAACUUCAAAAGAGGCUAAUGAUGCCCAGGAGACUGAGAGCAGCUCAUGUGAGAGUGAUGAUGUCAUCCGGUCCUCCCAGACACCAGAAGCAGAGAAGUUAGGUCUAAAAUUAAGGCACAUGGCAGAAUUUGAUAAACCUGGUACUAGUAAACAUCAAGUUACAGAUAGUAGUUGUGACAAUAUUAGUGAUGAGUCUGAUGACAUUAAAAUACCCAAUAAAAAAACCACGCCUGUACGACUGAGGCAGUCCAAGCAGAUUAGGACCCGAAAAGAUCAUUCUUUUCGAAAUUCAAGUGGUCCAGACAAAGAUUCCCAAACAAUAGAUUCAUUUUCAUCCUCUGAUGAUGAUCACCUGCACAACAAGAAGAUUCGUCUUAAUACCGGAGACCAAAGAGCUGGAAACUUCAAGGGCCAGAAACAAGUUCAUGCAAAGUUACAAAGAUUUACACACAGAAGUAGUGUGAAGCCACAGAAAAUGGACGAGGAUGCUGACAUUAAUAAAAAGAUUGUCAAAAAAAAGGUUGAUUCUGUGGACAGAGUGCUAGAUGGAGUUGAGGGUGUUGCUUAUAUCCAUUCCAACCAAAAUGUUGUUGGCUCGAGCAAAGCAGAGAAUCACAUGAGUCGAAGGGCCGUAAGAGAUGUCUUUGAGUUAAACCAGUUUUCCCAGCUCCCUGCUAAUAUUACGCCACCAGUCAACAAGAAAUGUGAACACAGCGCAAAAGAAGGAUUAUUACUACAAACAAAAGCGGAAGCUUCAAAAAGUGAUAACGUAUUGCGGUAUCCUGUUGUUCACAAACAAAGGAAAGUAUGCAGGACGGGUGAAGCCACUUUUCUAAUUGGAGAGACUCCCAAAGCAGUCCGAAGGAAGCAGUUUGAAGAAAUGGUGGCAUAUUUUCGCAUGGCUUCAGCAGAAGAAUUCGCUCAGCAUAUUAUCAAUGUGAAAUCAGAUGUGCGUCAGGAUAUGCUGAGAGAAUUUUAUACCAAACGAUACAAUGUAACUGAAGACUUUUAUCCUUCGCAAGCUCCUCUACCUGUAAAUGUUGAAAAGGAAAAAAUGCAGAAAAAAAGUUAUUCCAAAAAUGAGAUAACUAUAAAAAGAAAAAAACGUCUUUGUCUGUUACCAGACCGAAUCAACGAGUCUGUAUCUAGUAAGGUUAUGGAUCCACAUUGCACAAACGAUACUACAAAUGAUUGCACAACAAACACCAGACAUAUGGAUGGUUUAUCUAAAGCAAUUCAAGAAAAGAGCUCUUCUAAACACAGACCUGCUGCCAACUGUAUUCCAGAUAAUCUAGAUCUGGACGCUGUUUCUGAAUUAGUCAACGGGAAGAAGCCUCCUAAACAGUGUUAUGAAAAAGAAGGCAUAUCAAACGUUACAGGGUCAUCCACAAAGCUUCCAUCCAGCGCCAGCAAACCCUCCCCUGAAAACCAACCUGGAAAUAGAGUAACAGGUAAACAAAAAGUGGAGGCCGGCGGUUUAACAGACUUGCUAGGAGAUACCUCAAUACUGGAUGAUCUUUUUGCCAGCCAGACCAAGAGGCAGACAGAGGUCCCAGUAAGUCCAGAAUACGAAGAACCAGUGACCAAAGCAAAACAUCGUCCUAAAGACUUUUGGGAUAUACUCAAUGAGCAAAAUGAAGACAGUCUAAAUAAACUCACUGACUUGUCAGUCAUUGAAAAAGCAUGUGAAGUGAGAGCUUUAUCUCCAGUUAAUAAAAAAGACAAUUGGAAUAAUGCACUUUGGGUAAAGAAUGAAAAAUUUUUAUGGCGGAAGAAUGAUCCCGUUCAAGAUGUCAACUGUGGUUAUCCUGGAAAAUCAUCAGAUCCAUAAUAUUAUUCUUAAGUAAUAGUGUUAUAGUGAAAAUGAGAUUUUGUUUAUAAUGACAUUUUUUUUUAUUAGCAAAUAUAAUUUUUUUUAGAUGUUACGCUUUGGCUAAAAUAUUUAUAUUUGGUUUGUGUGAUGGACAUAAGUGCAGCUUUCUAUACAUGCUAAUUGUAUAUACAAUAUAUUUAUAUAUACACUAACAAUUAGAAUGUAUUAAAACACAAUUUAUUUAGCAGGAAACUUUCUCAGGCUUUACAUAAACCCAUUUUUUUUUCCACAGUCAGUAUAAUAAAAAUAGGUUUGGCUAGUAGUGAAAUGUAGGACACUGGAAUGUAUAUUAUUUAGUGCUUAGCCAUGCAUCUGCCAUAGUAGUAAGUGUGCCAGAUAAGUGCUUAUUUCCACAGUAUUUUCCCUUUGCUAUUAUUUUUGUCGAUAAUGACUAGAGAGCUGCUGUAUGCCACAGCAAAAAAAAUCACAUUUGUAAAGAGAAAAAUAUAUUUGCGUCCUGCAUUGAAAUAGAAUAUUCAGUUUUAAGUACUGUUUGAAAAAUGGUCUCCAGAUUUUUAAUAUUCAUUUAUCUUCAGGUAUGCUAACGGAGACAGAUUUGAGGAUAUUUUUUUACCCUAUGAUUUUAUGUAUGCCAAAUGCAUGCUCUAUUAUGCUAUUUUUUAAAAGAUUUCAAAUGAUUUUAUUUAAAAAAUUGUAAAAACUCAGUGUAACCUCCAAACUGAAGUAUAUUGUUUAACCCAGAACCAUCCUUGCCCUGGCCAUCUUGCUUGUACCUCGAAUAAUGAUAUUUU